CCUCACUCCAUCAUUCAUCCCCAUGAUUCGACCACGCACCCACGACUCCUCACAAGGCAAGGCAACGACCAACGCAACGGGCGGGCGUGGAAAGCUCUCUCUUCCUCCUCAUCCUGUAGACUCGACUGUGGGCAGCCCAGCCUCCCUCCCUCUCUCAUCCUAGAUUCGAUUCCUUUCCUCCGCUUCGUCCAACCCCAGCCCCAACCCCACCGCGAAAGAGAGAAAGAAAGGCUGCGGCCGUCGCAGUCCAAUCGAUUGCCCCACCGCCCGCCCCGCCGCGCCGCGCUUUCCCGCCCUCCCAAGCCGAAUCCGAUGGUUCCACCCGUUGACCGCCUCCGCCAUCGGAGGCCGCGCCGCGCCACCCCAGGGCCCAUCCCCCUUUCCCGCCGCCUAUAGAUACCGCCCCGCCCGAUCGCUCCGGCGCAAUGGCUGUCGGCGGCGACGACGACAUGGAGAGGGACUUCGCCGCCAGGCUGCGCCUCGCGCCCUCCAACCCCUCCGCCUCCGCUUCCUCCUCGGCCACGGCAUCCCCCACGGCGGCCGGAGGCGGGAUCGCCUUCCGCGCGCCGCAGGAGCAGUUCACCGCCGGCGACUUCGAGCUCGGCAAGAUCUACGGCGUCGGCUCCUACUCCAAGGUGGUGAGGGCCAGGAAGAAGGACACGGGCAACGUCUACGCGCUCAAGAUCAUGGACAAGAAGUUCAUCACCAAGGAGAACAAGAUCUCCUACGUCAAGAUGGAGCGCAUCGUGCUCGACCAGCUCGAUCACCCGGGCGUCAUCAGGCUCUUCUUCACCUUCCAGGACACCUACUCCCUCUACAUGGCACUGGAGUCCUGCGAAGGCGGGGAGUUGUUCGACCAAAUCGUACAGAAAGGCCGCCUGUCCGAGGACGAGGCACGGUUUUAUGCCGCUGAAAUUGUUGACAUUCUGGAGUAUCUGCAUAGCGUAGGCCUAAUUCAUCGGGAUGUGAAGCCAGAAAAUUUACUCCUUACUUCUGAUGGACACAUCAAGAUUGCUGAUUUUGGUAGCGUGAAGCCUACUGUGGACACUCCAAUCAAAGUCCUCCCAAAUUCAACUAAUGAGAGGGCCUGCACAUUUGUCGGAACAGCUGCAUAUGUACCACCAGAGGUCCUGAACUCUGCCCCAGCAACUUUUGGAAAUGACUUGUGGGCAUUGGGGUGCACGUUGUUUCAAAUGCUUUCUGGCUCUUCGCCAUUUAAGGAUGCCAGUGAGUGGUUGAUUUUCCAGCGAAUUAUUGCAAGGGAUCUCAGAUUUCCUGAGUUCUUUUCGGAUGAAGCAAGAGAUCUCAUUGACAAGUUGCUGGAUGUUGAUCCAACCAAACGACCAGGUGCAGGACCUGAUGGUUACGCUUCCUUGAAGAAACAUCCUUUCUUCAGAGGUAUUGACUGGAAAAAUAUAAGGAAGACGCGUGCACCAAAGCCCGCUGUGGAGGCAAAUGCAAAUGAGGAUGAGGAUAAUCAAGAUUCAGAUUGGUUGUCACACAUGGGAAGUGCACAUGCCAACCAAAAUGUCCCUGUUGGGAAUAAUGGUGCUGCGUCAUCUUCUGAAGUACGGUCCCAUGUAUCUAAAUUAGCUUCCAUCGACUCCUUCGACUCUAGAUGGCAGGAUUUCCUGGAGCCAGAUGAAUCUGUAGUGUUGAUAUCUAAGCUGAAGAAGAUUAAUAAGCUAUCAAAUAAGAAGGUCCAGCUAAUCCUCACCAACAAACCUCAGUUGAUCUGUGUUGACCCUGCAAAGAUGGUGACCAAGGGGAAUAUUAGUUGGUCUGAUGAUCCAAGUGAACUCAAUGUACAAGUAGCCAACUCCUCGCAUUUUAGGAUCUCCACGCCAAAAAAGGUGUUCGUAUUUGAGGAUGCAAAACAGCGUGCCUGGCAAUGGAAGAAUGCAAUUGAAGACCUCCAGCACUGCCAAAAGAGCUGAUUUUCAAUUGAAAUCAAGAUACCGAAACGGGUGAUGUUAAGCACUCUGAGCACACCUUAGCCAUCUUUUUUCACUUUGAGGAACACAUGGGAGUUUCUCGCUCCUGCCCUCCUCGCAUGCCUGGGAAGGAAAUCACUUGUGGCAUGUUGAUCGAUGACCCCCGUCUACCUCCCUAAGCAGUUUUGUUUGUUUGUUAGUUGCCGCAGCAGAUAGCAUCAGAGUGAUUGAAAUGUUGGCCCUCCAGAACAAUUAACAAAAGAAAUCCAUGAGAUGAUCGAUUUGUAUUGUUGUAUUUGUAUCAUCGAAUCACCUUAACAAUGUUGCCGUAGCUUAAUUAUAUUCUCCUGCGUCCUCUGUUU